AUGAAGGAAAAAUACGAAGAGAUUAUAGAGAAAGAAAAUUAUACGGUCGAUAGCGUCGUUAUUGAGUCUGAAGACGGAUAUCUGCUGACUUUACAUCGCAUACCAAAUGAAGAUGGACCACCAGUAUUUUUGAAACAUGGCUUUUUAUCGAGUACAGUGGACUGGUUGAAAAGUGGAAAAAAUCGAUCUCUUCCUUACUUUUUGUGGGACCGUGGGUUCGAUGUUUGGAUGGGGAAUGCUCGAGGUAAUGCUUAUUCCAGACGUCAUAAAACAUUGUCAACGGACGAUCAUCGAUUUUGGGAUUUCAAUUUGCACGAAAUGGGUUACUACGACGAUGCAGCUUUCAUCGAGUACAUAAGCAAGACGAGAAAUUCCAAACUGUUUUACGUUGGUUACUCAUUGGGAGCAUUGACGUUUUCAAUAAUGGCAGCAGAGAGACCCGAAGUAGCUAAAAAUGUCAAAGCUAUGGUCGCUCUCGCUCCUGCAAUUUACAUGGGUAACAUCAAUCAUGGAUUGAUAAACUUAAUAGCUAUGUAUCAAAAAGAACUACAGGCCUUAGCGCAACUGUUCAAGAUGCGUGAAUUAUUUGGUCAUAGCUGGGUUCUCGACUACAUAGGCAAUUAUGUCUGCCGAUUACAUUUAAUUGGAGAUUUCGUUUGCAGUCAAAUAUUUUAUUAUAUCCUUGGUUAUAGUCCCAAGCAGUUAGAUAAGACUAGAUUACCUAUCAUCUUCACCAAGUAUCCCUCUGGAAUGUCUUUUCAAUCGUUGUAUCAUUUUCUGCAGCUUAUUUCCUCCAACGAUCUUCAGAAGUACGACUACGGUUUGGCUAAAAAUAUGGAUAUUUAUAACAGCUCAACUCCGCCAAAAUAUAAUAUUUCUCGAAUUAAUAUUCCAACCGCAGUAUUUCUAUCGAAAACUGAUCCUUUGAGUACAGAACAGGAUGCACUUCGAUUCUAUAAUGAAUUACCUGUAUAGUUAAGUCUACAUUGUGUUGAUCGUACUUUUAAUCACCUCGAUUUCAUAAUUGGAAAGGACAUAUCAG